AUGACGGUCAUGGCCGCAAGCAGCACUAAUAUUCUGAGUACCGCUCCAGAGGUUGGGAGUUGGGCGGAGGCUGUGGAACAAGACAAUCUACCUAACAAUGACGUCAACGAGGACGGUGUGAAAACUGUGGUUGCCUAUAUAGAGGAAGAUGGGUCACGAUACAAAGUGGUCACUCAGUUCAAGGUGAUCACAAAAAAUGUUCCAAAAGUUGUAGCUGAACGGAAGAAGAUGGCUAAGUUUGGACUUUGCCGCGACGAGCCCGCAGGCCCACAGGUUUCUACUACGUAUGUAGCUGAAGAGGUAGAAAUGCAGUUUACUAGAAAUCGCGCCGGUGAACAAAUUUUGGAUGUGCAGGAAGAUAAGCAAGCGGCUAAAGUCACCAGCAGGGAACAUUGUCGCCAUUGCAAAGGAAAUGAUCACUGGAGCACAAACUGCCCAUACAAGGAAAUGUAUCAAGUGGACGAGGAAGUCGAUCCAGCGGAAGCGGCAGAAAAGGAACGCGCAGCAGCUGCUGGUGGCCGGUAUAUUGCUCCGGGAAUGCGUGGAGACGCACGACAAGUAGAUAGGCGGUCCGAUGAGAACACAUGCAGAGUAACAAACUUGCCUCAAGAAAUGGAAGAAGCCGAACUUCGAGAGCUAUUUGCUGCCAUUGGAAGAGUGGUGCGUGUGUUCAUCGCCAGAGAUAAGAUUACAAACCAACCUAAAGGAUUCGCCUUUGUCACGUAUGAAAUGCGUGAGGAUGCCGAAAGAGCCAUAGCUAAAUUGAACGGAAUUCGAAAGCAUCAUAUGGUUCUCAAGGGAGAUAUCAUGGGUCUUCUGUCAAUACUGCGGAAGCAAAGGGAAAGGGAGCGUGAAAUCCGUGUGUUGAUUCUAGGUCUUGAUAAUGCAGGCAAGACCACUAUUACGAAGAAGUUUCUCGGCGAGGAUCUGAGCUUGGUGGAGCCCACACUUGGAUUCAACAUCAAGACUGUGGACUUUCAAGGGUUCACGAUAAAUUUUUGGGAUGUUGGGGGACAGAAGAGUCUGCGAUCAUAUUGGCGGAAUUAUUUUGAGCAAACGGAUGCGCUUAUCUGGGUUGUUGACUCCGGAGAUCAAGGCAAGACCACUAUUACGAAGAAGUUUCUCGGCGAGGAUCUGAGCUUGGUGGAGCCCACACUCGGAUUCAACAUCAAGACUGUGGACUUUCAAGGGUUCACGAUAAAUUUUUGGGAUGUUGGGGGACAGAAGAGUCUGCGGUCGUAUUGGCGAAAUUACUUUGAACAGACGGAUGCGCUUAUCUGGGUUGUCGAUUCCGGAGAUCAAGAGCGAUUACUUGCAUGUCGUGAUGAGUUGAGAUCGCUUUUGAGUGAAGAACGGCUCUCGGGUGCAUCAUUACUAGUUUUGGCUAACAAACAAGAUCUACCCAGUGCAGCUCGUGUAACCGACAUUGCCAAGAUGCUGGAAUUGGAGGAAAUCAAAUCGCAUCAUUGGCGUAUCUACAGCUGCAGUGCAAUGACUGGCGAAAAUCUGUUGGAGGCCGUCAGUUGGAUGUGUGAUGACGUUGCCAGCCGGAUCUUCACUUUGGAAUGA